AUGGGAGAAGUCUGCGGAAAAAUUCAAAAUUAAUAAAAAGAUAUGGAAGAAAUGAAACAAGCUAUAAAAUAAUUAAAAAUAAUAAUGGAAGAAACAAAGGGUGCUUAAGACAUGCUUAAAACAAAUUUAGAAGAUGUAAUUAAAACUACUAAUGAUAUAAAAUAGAAGUUCCAUGAAGUAUCCAAUACAGUAGGAGACUUCUAAAAAAAAAUAGAUGAGGUUUAAGAUAAUAUUUAAAAAACUAUUUAAAAUGCAGGUUCUAAUGUUGUUAGUUAAGGAUUAAAAAACUUUUUUUGAAAAAUAAAGUUUUAUAU